AUGGGACUCAAAAGCAGCAGAAAGGGUCAUGGAUUAAAGGGAAAAAGUUUGGAAAAUUUACACUGUCCAGAGCCGGAUCCAGCUAAAGAUCUCAUUAGGGGAGGUAAUACUGAGGAGUCUCUACAAAGGGGACUAGGAAUGGACAUCAAGACGUUUAAUGUCACAUUUGAUGCAACUUCUCAGGAGUUGCAAUUGAUCCAUGAAUUUUCAAAAGCUACGUAUAAAAAGAUGGAUGCCUUGUUUGCUAAUGAGAGCAGUUGCUCUCCCAUUAUUUUGCCACAAGACUCAGUAUCGAUUUCUGUUGAUUCUGAUCAUCUUGAAUUUCAGCAAGAGGAUGCUGGUGGUUGUAGAACAAAGCCAAGGAAUUGGAGCAUUGUUAUAGUUUUGAGAUCCGAUACUAAUGUUGGAAUUGAUGAAGCCUAUAAAACUAGAAAGGAGGUUGGGCUUGUACCAUGUUCAAACGAGCACGAUACCAAAACUUAUAAAGUGCUUUCUAAAUCUAUGAAAGAGAAUAUAGAUCGAGACUACUACACAAAGACUGUGGUAUCAACUCAAAAGGAAGAUUCAAAAAUACUUAUUGGGCGUCGUCCAGAUGGAAGGUUGCCAAAUGUGACUGAUGCUACCAGAAAAUUGGCAGAGUUCUCUCUAGCAAACAAGGCAAACCAGCUUGAUACUUGGGAAGAGUACUCAAUCAGGGAGUUUAUUCCCAAUUCUUCAUCGCUGCCAAAAAGGAAAAGAGCAAUUAGUCAAAAGAAGAAGAAGAAAAGGAUUUAUCUGGAGUUAUCUGAUAGUGGGGGCAGACAAGCGUUACCCCCUAACUCGGAGCUACUUCAAAUAUUACACGAUUACGAAUUUGAUACAAAUUUCGAGUUUCAAAGCGGGAAAGAAACAUGCCAAAAUCAAAGUACCCAUAGUCUCAAAGAACCCACAAAAUCGAGUAUAGAGAGUGGGCCCUCAUAUACCUCUCUGUCUUCAGAUAGCGACGAGAGCAGUAGGAUAAAAUACACUGCUGAACAGUAUGUAAAUCCACAUUUAGCAGAUUUGAUUCAAAACUAUCAACCCUUCUUUCAUGACUAUCACGAAGAAAAGGGAACUGACAGAGUAAGCAUUCUGGAAGAAAGUGAACGAUUGUCUACUUACAAUCCAUUUGAAGUUGUAUACUCCUCUCAAUUUUAA